AACUAAAAAGGAGAAUGCUCGGGCUUGUUUUUUAACUGUCAGCAUGCUCGGGCUUCAUGCAUGCAUGUUCAUGCACCCAGAUUAAAACUAACCUAUAGGCGCGUCGGAGCUGGUAGCGGAGGCCUCGUCUGUAUAAAAAUUAACCAGUCAACCAGCAGCAGGCCGUAGUUACACCCAGAACCAACAACCAUCUAUUUAGCUAGAUAGUAGACAGCAGAGAUCGAUCCAUUGAGCGGAUCUACAUACCUCGUAGUUGACAGCUGCAGGUCUUAUUUGCUGCUGAAGGCUAGCCAUGAGCCCAGCAGAGAUCGAUGCAGCGGCCAAUUUCUACUACAGCAGAUCCGUGGAGCUCAAUUCUGCCGAAGCCGUGGGUAUUAAGGUUGAGGAGUUGCUAUGGGAAGCAGCCCAAGUCUUUGAGGCUGAUUUCCAUUUCAACGAGAUGGAAACGAAGAUCCAUAGGUUCCCUCCAGGCCUACGAGGUCUGGGUGGCCAAUACAUAGUCCCAAUGGUGGUGGCUAUCGGUCCUUACCAUCGCGGCUCGCCCCGCCUCCAGGAGAUGGCCAAGGUGAAGCACGCUGCUGCCCAUUACUUCAUUGAUGCCGCGAGCACGAUAUCCACAUAUGACUAUCACAAGAUCUACGAUGAGUUCUUCCCUGUCGCAGUCAACGCCCGCAGCACCUACACCAGUGACGUGGUGGCAGGUAUCGAGGAUGCUGACUUUGUUGAUAUGAUGUUCCGUGAUGCUUGCUUCUUGCUGCAGUACAUGCUUUGUAUGUCUAGCUCUUUGGGCUGCAGAGAAUAUUUUGACGUGAACCCAUCGUUGCGACGCUUCUUUUUCUCCAAUCGGGCCUGCAUCGACAACGACGUGAUGCUGCUGGAGAACCAGCUCCCAUGGAUGGUGCUUGACGCCCUCAGGAAGUUCAGCCCCGUGAAGAUUGAGGACUUCAUUGCGGAGAUGGGGAACAAGUUCCAGAUCAGACAGGAUCUCAAGCCCGAAUCGUUUGUCUUGGAUCCUGAAAUAUACACUCCACCGCAUCUCCUUGGGCUCCUCCGAUUUUACAAGCUAGGACGAAGAAAGGCACCCAAACCUCAUGUACCUGAUUAUGGACCAGAAAACAAAACCGAAGCAGCUCAUGGAUUGCUCAAGCAAAUCUCUGUAUCCAAUGCCAUCGAGCUAGCAGAAAUCGGUGUGAGGCUGAAACCGAGCAAGACAGCAGAUUUCAUGGACAUUGGGAUGAAGAAAGGAGCCUUCCUGGAAAAUCUCUUUUCAGGAAAGCUCUUCUUGGGAAAUCUCUUCUUUGUGCCACUGUCCCUGGACAGUACAAAGGCGUGCUGGCUCGUCAACAUGGCAGCUUUUGAGGUAUGCACGGUCUCAAGGUUUAAGGAGGAUGUUCAGAAGACCGCGGUCUGCUCCUACAUCGCCCUCCUCGCCAUGCUCAUGGACCGGGAUGAGGAUGUGCUCAGGCUACGGUCCAAACACCUCGUGCACGGAAACCACACCAACAAGGAGAUGCUUGAUUUCUUCAAGAGCCUAGCCAAGCACCUUCCGGAUAAUGGCUACAAAUUCUCCUGCAUCAUGGCAGAUAUCGAGGUCUACAAGGCUUACAAGCUCAACAGGUGGAUAUGGAUUAGGGUGUACAAAUUCUGGUACAAACAUGGGAAAACCGUUGCCGUUGUGAUAUCUAUCCUUGGUGCUAUUGCGGGUAUCUUGAAAGUAAUUCUGUCCAUCUAGCUACACUUGUAGUGUACUGGUACCAUUCAGAUGCAUGCUCUAUGCUGUAAGCCUGUAAGUACCACACAUAUAUACCUAAGUACAAUCAGAUGCUGUAUCACCAUUAAUUAUGAUGGUAAGAUGUUGUUUGUAGCAUGCUUAACUGUACUUUGUUCAAGCUA